CUCAUCUCGUCUGCAUGACUGCAUCUGCCCGCCCACGUCACCGCCGGCGACGUCCAGCGAGCGUGACACCGCGCGCCACCGGCCCGCGGCCGUCCGAUCGAUCGUCUCACGCGCCCACCGGCCGGGACCGGGCUGGCGAGUCGAACCUGGCCACCUGGCGCCCGGCACCCUAACCGAGGGAGAGGAAAAGUCUCUCCAGCUGGGUGAGUACGUACUGCCCUCUGCCUAGCUAUACGUAGUACACCAGUACUUGCUAUACAAGAGUAUAGUAUACUACUGGUAGUAGUAGAGCCGUAGCCUUCCCGGCCCCUCCUCCCCCGCGCUCCCCUUCUCUCUCGCCGUGAAAGCAUCGGCGCAAAAACUAGUUGACCUGACCAUGCCCUGCGCUGGCUCCUAUUAAUACCCUCGUCUUCCUCGCACUCCUCUCCUCCUUCAUACCCCUCUCGGUAAACUGUGCUUGCCGCAGUCGAUCCCUCCACCCACCCGGCCAUCGGCGGCUGGUUGCUGCUGCUUCUUGUGUGGGUUCUUCCACUGGCGUGCAGGGUCGAGAUCGGCAGCAGCAGCCGUCGUUCCUCUCUUCUAGCUCCCGACAAUCGAUUGAUCUGUCUGAGGGGGAAACGAGCUGCGUGGUGGUGGCGGCCGCCGGGGAGGCGAUGAAUUCGCUGAGCAUGGUGGAGGCGAGGCUGCCGCCGGGGUUCAGGUUCCACCCGCGGGACGACGAGCUCGUGCUCGACUACCUGGCAAAGAAACUCGGUGGCGGCGGCGGAGGGGCGGCGGCUGCGGUUGCGAGCAUGUACGGCUGCCCCACCAUGGUCGACGUCGACCUCAACAAGAUCGAGCCCUGGGACCUCCCUGAAAUUGCAUGCAUUGGCGGAAAGGAGUGGUACUUCUACAGCUUGAGGGACAGGAAGUACGCUACAGGCCAGAGAACAAAUAGAGCAACUGAAUCGGGCUAUUGGAAGGCCACCGGAAAAGACCGAUCGAUAAGCCGGAAAGGGUUGCUAGUUGGCAUGAGAAAAACCCUGGUGUUCUAUCAAGGCAGAGCCCCUAAGGGGAAGAAGACUGAGUGGGUCAUGCACGAAUUCCGCAAGGAAGGGCAAGGCGAUCUGAUGAAGUUGCCACUCAAGGAGGACUGGGUCUUGUGUAGGGUUUUCUACAAGACUAGGGCAACCGUUGCCAAGCCACCCACAGGGAGCAGCUACAACAUUGAAAGUGCAGCUGCAACCUCGCUGCCUCUCCUCAUUGACAACUACAUUGCCUUUGACCAUCCUGGAAUGUCGACGGUGCAAAACCUAGAGGGUUAUGAGCAAGUGCCCUGCUUCUCCAACAAUCCCUCCUCUCACCCAGCGUCGUCGGCCUCGAUGAACAUCCCGGUGACGGCAAUGGCUCCCAUGGCUGCUGAUCAGGAGCAGCAGCACAUGGGCAAGGCAAUCAAGGACGCAUUGAGCCAGCUCACCAGGUUUGAGCAAGGCAACGUGAAGAGGGAGGCGCCUGCCCAGGGUGGUGUGUUUGCUCAAGAUGGGUUCGAGUACUUAGCUGAGAGUGGCUUCUCACAGAUGUGGAACUCACUCAAUUGAUUUUCUAGCUAGGGAUAUUAUUGCUACCAAUCAAGGAUGGAUAUAACUCUUGAAAAGAAGAUCUAGACUUGGGUGUGUGUGCCUAUAUGUGUGCUAUUGCAUGUAGUUGUGGUAUAUAGCUAGUAGUACUAUCAUUCUAGUUCACAUUAUUUGUCAAAAAGGAAAAGGAGGGUCAGAGGAGAGAGCUGAUAUAUGUCAUCAGUGAUGUAAAUCUGUAUAUACAUUAUUUGUGUGCGACUAUGGAUAAGACGGAAAAAUUUAGUAUCUGGUGCUAGAAUAUAAA